GGGGGGCCGACCGGGCGUGCGUGCCGCCGUUGAUCCGGUGCUGCAGUGAGGAGGUGGUUCUCGCCCGUGUUGUGUGUGUGUGUGUGUGUGUGUGUGUGUGUGUGUGUGUGUGUGAGUGAGAGAGCGAGUGAGUGAGUGAGUGAGUGUGUGUGUGGGGGGACUCGGCUUGUUGUUGUCGGUGACUUCCCCCUCCCCUCCACCCCUCCCCCUUCCCCGCCGCCGCUGCAGUGGCCGCUCCCUGGGCCGUAGGAAAUGAGCGAUAACGAUGACAUCGAGGUGGAGAGCGACGAAGAGCAACCGAGGUUUCAAUCUGCGGCUGACAAACGGGCUCAUCAUAAUGCACUGGAACGAAAACGUAGGGACCACAUCAAAGACAGCUUUCACAGUUUGCGGGACUCGGUCCCAUCACUCCAAGGAGAGAAGGCAUCCCGGGCCCAAAUCCUAGACAAAGCCACAGAGUAUAUCCAGUAUAUGCGAAGGAAAAACCACACACACCAGCAAGAUAUUGAUGACCUCAAGCGGCAGAAUGCUCUUCUGGAGCAGCAAGUCCGUGCACUGGAGAAGGCGAGGUCGAGUGCCCAACUGCAGACCAACUACCCCUCCUCAGACAACAGCCUCUACACCAACGCCAAGGGCAGCACCAUCUCUGCCUUCGAUGGGGGCUCAGACUCCAGCUCGGAGUCGGAGCCCGAAGAGCCCCAAAGCAGGAAGAAGCUCCGGAUGGAGGCCAGCUAAGCUCCAUGGGGCAGGCCAGCAAUAAAAACUGUCUGUCUCCUCCAUCGUCUUAUCCUCCUUUCAGUUCAUCUUUAAAACCCUCAGAACCAUUUAAGAGACUCUUUAUUUUUUUCUCCUCCUCUUUUUUUUUAUUUUAUUUUUUUUAAUUUUAUUUUUACGUAGAAGCUCUUGGACAACAGCUCUCGUUCUCCUUCCCCAUUUCCACUAUUUUUUUUUUAAACGUUUCCCUUCAGGGAUUCCCUGUCCCCACCAGGAAUAUUCAAACCAAAACACCCCAACUUGGCAGCUUUUUCUGUGGAGGACAGACGGCCGGCCAGACCUCUGAGCACAUGGUGUCCUGACCACCCACCAGCUCCUCCAGCCCUGCCGGGCGCAUGUGCCCGGGGGACUCCUGCCCCUCCCAGGCCUCUCCUCCCGGGCCACCCUCACCGCUGUUUGAUAGACUUUGUGAAUCUGUGGACUGCUCUACUUUAAGAAGAUGACCAGUUUGGAGUAAUCAGAAUUAUUCCCCCUUCUUUUUAAGGAUUUUUUUUUUUCCCCAAAAGGCUAUUUAUCGCUCCUGUUGAAAGACCAGAUCCUUGAAGAAGUUUGUGGUAUAAAAGGAAGUGGGGACAGAUUUGCAGCGCAGAGUCUUUGGCCUGUUUCACUCCUGCUUCUCUCAGCCAGCCUUAGGGAGGGCCGCGUGACACUCGUGUGGUUUGUGGGGGGACAGCAGCAGUGAAGCGGUAGCCGCCAGG